CAGCACGUCGCCAACGGUCCAAACGGGGCGGGGCUCGUAAACGCAUCGAAAUAAAGGAUCGUGCAGAAAUUUCUCUCAAACUAUUUCACAUUUCCUGUAAGAUUUCCAGGUAAAACCUCCCGAGAUGCCCAUACGUCGAGCACCAGCCACCCCGGAGAAGUCCACCUCCGCGGCAGCUGAAAAAGAACCUGAGGGUUCCUCAGAAGAGGUGCCCUCCGCCGACGACGAGCAGGCCCCGUCUUCUGCUGCGGUGGACGAGAGCGAGGCCGCGGCCGAACCCACGGAGAACGGAGAGGAGGAGAACGGCGAGGAGAAGGCCGACGAAGCAGCCGCGGCAGAGGAGAAGGAAGGCGACGGAGGCGAGGAUGGAGCCGAGAAGAAAGAUUAUCAGACAGAUGUGCCCGUCCAUGAGCCCGCAGUCACCGAGGAGUCUGGGAGUGACAAAUGCAAGGACGGCACGGCUGGACAGUGCGCAACACACUGCUCUGUUCUCCUACUAAGGUUGAAGGAUGGCUACAAGUAUGAGAAAUCCAAAGUCAAAAAGGUGAAGCGGACGAUCCCCGCGUGGGCGAGCGUCAGCGCCAGCAAAAAGCUCCCCGUCACCAACUACGCAGGCACCCACCACAAAGUGGACAACAUCGUCAUCGAAGCUCUCACGUCUUGCAACGAAAGGUCUGGAGUUUCCUACCAGUCUGUCAUGAAAUACAUUAUGAAGAAAUACCCAGUAAUGGAUGAGAAGAAGUUCCUCAUAAAGAAAGCGAUGAAGAAGCAUCUGGAGAAGGGCACCAUCAAACAGCUGAAGGGGAAGGGUCUUUCAGGGACCUUCACCAUCGGAAAGCAGACCGCCCUCAGUAAGAAAAAUGCACAAAACAAAGAGUCGCUAGGAGAUGCUCUCCCGCUCAUCAUCACUCGGCUCUGUGAGCCUAAAGAGGCGUCGUACAUCAUGAUCAAGAAGUACCUGGAGCAGCACUUCCCCAGCCUCAACGUUGAAAACAGGCCAGAUGUUCUAAAGUCAGCGCUGGUGAGGGCUGUGGAACGAGGACAACUGGAACAAAUCACUGGGAAAGGAGCCAACGGGACUUUCCAGCUGAAGCGCACGGGCAGCAAAGUCCUGCUGAAGGGCGGCGCACUGGAGGACGCCAUCAUAGCCGCCAUCACCGCCAUGAACGAACCCAAAACCUGCAGCACCACCACUUUACGCAAAUAUCUAGUAGACGCCAACAAGGACAGGAAAGAGUACCAGCUAGUGUCCAGUCUGCGGAGGACUCUGACCAAGUGUAAAGUUCUCGGGUGGAUGGAACAGAUCACCGGUCACGGCUUCACAGGGACGUACCAGCUCUCCUUCCCCUACUACCCAAGUCCCACCAUUCUGUACCCAGACAAGUACAAAGACCCCCCAAAGAAAAACACCGCAGCCCCGGCCAAGCGGCGGCGAACAGCCCACUCCUCGGAUGAGGAAGAGUCGGAAGAGGAGGAGGAGGAGGAGGAGGAAGACGAUGAGUCAGAGGAGGAAGUGGCCCCCAGGAGAAGGUCGGCCCAGAAGAGGCCCCCGCCCAAGGCUCGCCGCCCUCCCCCACAAAAGAAAUCCCGCAGCGCCAGUCAGUCAAAAGCUAAAGGGAGCGGCCGUCAGGUCGCCAAGAAGUCUCCGGCCAAGAAGCCGGCGUCUCCGGCCAAGAAGCCGGCGUCUCCGGCCAAGAGAUCGGGGAAGAAAGCGGCGGCGUCCAAGAAGAAAGCCGCCCCCAAGGCGACGCCCGUCAAAAAAGCCGCCCCCGCCAGGAAGCCCAAAACUCCCGCUGUCAAAAGGCUGAGCAAGCGGGGAUCCAGGCAGCAAGAGUCCGAGCCGGAGUCGUCGUCGUCCGACGAGGCUCCGCCCGCCAAGUCGCCAAGAGCCGCCUCCAAGAGGUCCCAGCCCGAAGACGCCGCCGAGGAGCCGGCGCCCAAAAAGCCGGCGGCGAAGGGCAGGCGGUCAAAGGCCGAGGAGUCGCCCGCCGACGAGCCGCCGGCCAAACAGGCCGCCAAGGGCAAGAGCAAGCCCCCCGCCCGGAAGUCCAGAAGAGGGAGGCACUGAACCAGGAGCGCCCUCCAGAGGCCGGGCUGCGCCGAACAGGCAGCGGUCCGCCGCUUUGUUCUCUCCCUCUUUUUACCAUCGUUUCCUCCCUUUUUAUCGGGGUGAUAGGCUUUUUUUAUUAUUUCUAUUGUAGAACAAGAACGAUUAUCCUACUUGUUAAGUUCACUGUAAUUUGAAAGUUUCUGGAUUUUUAUUUUUUUUUUUUCUCUCUCUUCCCUUUCCGAUCACCGUGUGUAGAGACGUUCGCUGCCAGUUCAGGAAAAGCAUAGCAAGACCCGUCAUACCGACUAGAGCCAUGUAGUGAACUCUGUUUUUAUAUGUUCCCCGCUGACUCCGAGCAGCACACAUUCCUGAUCUGAAUUGAAACGAAAUGAGGCGUCAGCGUUGUGGAGGGACGAAAAGAUUUCUAUCCUGAAGCUUGGAUUUGAUUUCGUGUUGCGUUUUGAGAGUUAAAGAAGUGGUUUGUUUCGGGCCACGCAGUACUGCGUACAUCCAAAUUUGAUUUCUCUUUAAUUUAUUCUUUAUCGCUACUAACUAUGUUUUUAAUUCAUUCAAAAUAAACAAAAUUAAAUCCCCUUUUAGAGGAUGCAGGUGCGACACGAGGACUCACGUCAGAUAAAACACUUUUAGUAUUAAGUCACAUUGAGGAGGGAAAAAAAACAAUCUUUUGAUAUGUGUGUGAAUAAGCAUAUACACAAAUUGGUUUUAUCGCUUCACAGCUGUAACUACCAGGCCGUAAGACGUGUGUUGUGAAUAAGAAAAUAGAAGAAUAGCUCAUACAUACCCUGCAUGCGUGUAUUCCUUGUGUUGUUAAGCUUUUUUCCAAGUCAUUAAUAAAAUGACUAUAUUUGUAAACUUGUUUGGUUAUUAU